GGGGCGGGACUUCCGGCCGUCGGAUCACGACUUCCGGUUUGCGGGGCGCUCGGCGGCUCGGGACGGCGGGAGUCGACCUCCGUGCGGGCGAACAGAAAUGGACUCAAAAAUUGAGGAAGAAAUUAUUGUUCAUGAGGAAUUCUUGCAGUGUGGUGGAGUUGAAACACAGGUUGUAAAGUGUGGCCCCUGGACUGACCUUGUUAAUGAUCAAAAUGUCAACAGGCCUAAGAUGCUUAUUUUCAUCAUUACUGGUAACCCAGGUUUUUCUGUCUUUUAUGUGCCAUUUGCAAAGGCUUUGUACUCUUUGAUGCACAGACGCUUUCCAGUUUGGGUUAUCGCUCAUGCUGGUCAUGUCUUGGCUCCCAAAGACAAGAAGAUUCUCACAACAUCAGAGGAUCCAAAUGCUCAAGAAAUUAAGGACAUCUAUGGACUGCGUGGUCAAAUAGAACACAAAAUAGCUUUUCUGAGAAGUCAGGUGCCAAAGGAUGUGAAGCUUAUCCUCAUUGGCCAUUCAGUAGGCAGCUACAUGGUCCUUCAGAUCUUGAAGCACGCCCCCGAGCUCCCAGUCAUUCACACUUUUCUGUUGUUCCCGACAAUUGAGCGAAUGGCUGAGUCACCCACUGGCAGGAUUGCCACUCCACUUUUGUGCUGGUUUCGAUACGCUCUCUAUGUUACUGACUACUUACUGCUUACACCGUGUCCUGACAUUGUCAAGUCCUGGUUAAUCAACAUUGUCCUUCGAGUGAUAAAUCUUAAGACUGAGUUAACACUGAUGAAUGUGAUACAGCCGUUCUGCCUCGCUAAUGCUGCCUACCUUGGGGCCCAAGAAAUGAUGACCAUUGUGAAGAGAGAUGAUGACAUUAUAAAGGAACAUUUAUCUAAGCUUACGUUUUACUAUGGAACUUCAGACUCUUGGUGUCCAACAAAGUACUAUGAGGACAUAAAGAAAGAUUUUCCAGAAGGAGAUAUUCGACUCUGCGAGAAAAAUAUACCUCAUGCCUUUGUCUUCCGUUUUAGCCAAGACAUCGCUGACAUGAUUGCUACCUGGGUAAAGGAUAACCUGUCUAAAAUAUAAAUACCGAUGCAAGAAACAAGCACCUGCAGCCAGUCCCUGGGUCAGUAGGUGUACUGUGUUUAGUAGGUAACUUUAGUUUUGAUAUUAGAAAAGAAAAGUUAAAAACCUCUUGCCUUAAGAGCUACCAGCUCCCCAUGCUACAGGCUGCAGUGAACAGUUGGUGAACAAUUGCAUCUGUGAUCUGAAUGAAGACUUCUCUGCACAAGAAGCCCAGUGACACCCUACAGUGUGAGUUAGUCAGCAGGAUCCUUGCCGACGAAAGAAAACCAAAGUGAUUUGAAUCGAGGCUCCCUGGGGGAAAUGAUGCUGUACUGACUAAAACAAGUGAAAGAGAUCAGUGAGUGUGAGGCGUGUGAGAUGGCAGCAAGGACACGCUCAUCUCCGGGAGCAGGAAGUGAUGAGCAGUGGCGACUGGUGGUGGACCUGGGUUUCCUUCGAGGGUGAAAGAUCAAAAUCCUCCCAGAGCAGCGCUGCACAGGCCGUGGCUGAGACCCUCAAUGUGACUCGUGACCUGCCUGCAUUAGACCAGAAGUAAAGUUCCCCAGACGGCACUCACCGACCCGCAGGGAGAGCCACUGAGGGCCCCGCUCUGCCCCUUGCUGCGGGGCAGCAGCAGGCCGUGUGCAGACUGUAGCCUGCGGGCAGUGGGCUCCCUGCAAGUGUCUCUCCUCCAGAGCCAGCAAGAGGAGGCCCCAGCUGUCCCUGCUCAGACGGGACACCUGCAGUUGCUCCUUCUAACUCGCAGUGAACUCCUGAAGGGUGGCUGUGAGCUAAGUACUACGCCAGCCGUUGAUGACAGUAAUAUUCUUAGCUACUUGUGAUUCUUCUGAAAGUCUCUAGUACAUAAUUUUUGGAAAGGUGUUUUAAGUUGCCAAGUAGAAUAUGAACACAGUUUUUUUCUCCACUUGCCUUAACUUUAUUUGUUGGAAAGAAAUUGUUUUGCCAGUGCACCCAAGUGAGCCAUGAGGUGGCGUGCAUUUUCCUUCCCUGGACACACUGAGCCCUGUGGAGAGGCAGCAUCUUCUCUGGCGGAGAGUGGGCUGCCAGUGCGGCUGCCUUCCCGGAACUGACUCAAUCUUGAAAUCGUAGGGGCCGGUAAGUCCCACCAGCUGCAGAGACAGUUGAGGAUGCGUUGAAGCAUUCCAUUUUCUCCUUCACAAGCACCCCCGGACAUUAUCAUUCCUCAGGGACAGUGCAGUGCUGCCCUUCCUCUCGACCUAAAGCCCCUGAUGGAAGACUCACCUCUGGUAUGCUGUCCUUUGGUGAUGACCUCUCAAAGGCGAAAGGCUGAGCCCCAGAGGAGGAGUGCUGUCCACAGGGAAGGACCAGGCCAGAGGGACGGGGCUGCAUGUGGUCCCAUGGACAUCUGCAUGGCGAGGCCUUCUGGAGAGCUGGCAUUCGAACGAAGCCAGACUCGCGCUCUUCUGCUCGCAGGGAGGAGCUGCCACCAGCACACAAUUAGGCACAGGAGCAAGUACUGGUAAAAUCACACCUACUGGAAGGAAAUAACACCCACAGCUGGCUUUCUAGAUGCUAUUUUAUAACAUUCCUCUGUAUUUAAAAAAUCUGCACAUGGGAAGUUUUGUUUUUUAGAGUUUAAAAAUGAUACUCGCUCUUAGUUCCUGUUUGUCAUCUAAACACCAAGUGAAUUUUUGAAAUAAAUGCUUUAGCAGCACUUAGGA